ACUAUGUUUAUCCAUCUCUAUAAAACAUUGAACGAUUAUUUGCAUUAUUAAGAGUCAAAAGGACAAUUCAUGUAACUUUCUAGUCCUGCAGUAUUAAGAAUCCACAACUCCGAUAGUUUUAUUUGGCAAUGCUCCUAGAUUUAGCCUGCUCUACAAUUUUGGCUAGGGCGACUACCUUGCGCACAAAAAAGUACACAUAUUGUUAUUAGUAAAUCGUAAACAAAUUUCUUGAAACCAGUAGCGACGGUCAAAUCGCAGGAAACUGGUAUUGCAGUUUAUUUAUAACGGGCAAACAAUUGAGUAAAGACCAACACCACUUAAGCCAUUGGCCACCACCCCAUUGUUACCACAAUACCAAGGAUACGCAAGACAUUUUGGCCAGAGUCGGCGUACAUAUUUGGUGACGUGACGAUAAGUUUACGUAUCGACACCAGACAUAGUCAGUUGUACAAAUGGAGCCAUCCACGAAUGUUGCCUGCAUGGCAAAUGGAUCGUCAGUGGCACCAGCCAGCAUCAAGCGAGGUACCCAACAGGGCCGGAAGAAAUCGGGACCCAAGUUUGAGCUUUCUGAAACUCAAAAAUCUGAUAUUAAGGAGGCCUUCGAUUUGUUCGACAACGAAUGCAGCGGCUAUAUCGAGGUCAAGGAGCUUAAGGUGGCUAUCCGUGCCCUCGGUUUCGAACCCAAGAAGGAAGAAAUUAAACGAAUGAUCGCCGAAAUAGACAAAGACGGCAGUGGGCGCAUUGCCUUCAAUGACUUUCUUCACUUAAUGACUACGAAAAUGGCUGAAAAAGACACGAAAGAAGAAAUAUUGAAAGCUUUUCGGCUGUUCGACGACGACGAGACUGGCAAAAUUUCGUUUAAGAAUCUAAAGCGUGUGGCCCGGGAACUGGGCGAGACGCUUUCAGAUGAAGAGCUGCGAGAGAUGAUUGACGAAGCCGAUUUGGAUAACGAUGGCGAGGUUAAUCAGGAAGAGUUCCUGCGCAUUAUGAAGAAGACCAGUUUGUAUUAGAAAGUUGCGUAAUACGCAACAUCCUUUCAUAGAUGCAUUCCGUAUUUCCCCUGCCUAAAGAAAAUCUUGUUGCGAGAUUACUAAAUAUAAUCCGAAAUGCAAA